UGCGAGUGCGCCUGCGCGUCUCCGAAGGGACGCCUAAGAUGGCGGCGGCGAUGGCGGCAUCCUCCUUCUCCUCCGGCCCGGGUUCGGUCCUCGGCCGGAGCCGCCGCCGCUUCCGUGGCUGCUUGCUGGGGGCCCUGCUGGGCGACUGCCUGGGUGGCCGCUACGAGGCCUUGCCGUCCGUCGACGGGCCGGAGCUGCUGCGCUUCGUGCGGGGCCUUGGGCGGCCUCAGAGGAAGCCGAGGAGCCCUGAGGGAAGAGACGCCGCCCGGGCGGAGGAGGGCGAGAAGAAGAACGAGGAGGAGCCAGAAAUCCUCUCGUACAGCGAUGACACAGCAAUGACCCACUGUGUGGUGAAGUCCCUGAUGGCUAAGCGGGACUUUGAUGAAGUGGAUAUGGCAAAGCGCUUUGCUGAGGAAUACAAGAGGGACCCUGGCCGAGACUACGGAGCUGGUGUGAUUACCGUCUUCAAGAAGCUUCUCAGCCCGAAAUGCAGCGACGUGUUUGAGCCGGCAAGACAACGGUUUAAUGGGAAAGGCUCCUAUGGGAACGGUGGUGCCAUGAGAGUAGCAGGAAUCCCACUGGCUUACUCCAAUGUUCAAGAUGUAAAGAAGUUUGCUAAACUGAGUGCUCAGCUGACCCACUCAAAUUCUCUGGGUUAUAAUGGAGCCAUCCUGCAAGCUUUGGCCGUCCACUAUGCCCUGCAGGGGGAUCUAAACCGAGACCAGUUUCUGGAGCACCUGAUCGGCCACAUGGAAGACGUGGAAGCGGAUGAGAAGUCUGUGGCUGAUGCCCAGAUGCUGGGCUAUGAAGAAUUACCCUUUUCAAAACGUCUUAAAAAGAUCAAAGAAUUCUUGGAACGAAGCCGUGUGCCCAGUUCAGAUGUGGUGCUAGAAUUAGGGAAUGGCAUUGCAGCUCUCCAGUCUGUCCCUACGGCCAUUUAUUCAUUCCUGCACUGCAUGGCGCCUCAUCCAGAGAUCCCGGAAGAAUUCAACAGCCUGCAGCGGACCAUUAUCUACUGCAUCUCUCUGGGUGGGGACACGGACACGAUCGCAACCAUGGCGGGGGCCAUUGCGGGUGCAUAUUAUGGGGAAGAGCAGGUGCCCCAGAGUUGGAAGCACAGCUGUGAAUCUUUUGAGGAGACAGAGAAGCUGGCGGACAGCUUGUACGAACUGUCUUGCCAACAGGUCUGAGCCCCACCGAAGAAGGAAUCAUGUGACCCGGCUGUGCUGCUCAUUGUAUGUGUCAGAAAAGAUGAAAUUAAUAUGCCACAUAGGGUGUUCCCUCAAGGAAAACAUACCUAGGAAAUGGCUUAAGAGAUUCCUGCUGUAACUGAAGUGCCCAAGAGGUGCCAGUGGCUUCCCUUUUGUUACCACCUCUCUCGUUUUUUUUUACCUUUUUAUGAUUAAAUCUGAGUUGGAGUCAAGGC